AUGAGCCACCACCAGGAUGACGAAAUUCGUGCACAAAUUGCCAAGCUGGAAGCUCAAUUGAGUAGCAAUAAGUCGCCCGAACAGCCCAGCUCAAAAUCCAAUGUGCUCGUGCCCGACUCACCCCAGAAGAAAGCAAAGGCUAAGAUGCCAGAUAACAUUGAUAAGCCACCAAAUACUUCUAGAUCACUUGGAUCGAGUUACACCGCGACUACACCUAAGAAUAGCAAACCGGGGGCGAAAGAGAAAAUAAAACACCAAUCAAGCCUCCUUAACAAUCUCAAUAAACUCAAUAAGACGCGUCAAUCUGGACAAAGUAGUGAUGAUGAUAUCGAUUACAGUGCUAAUAGGAGCACAUCAUUCAAGAACAGGAGAGAGAACCUACAGGAAAUAUCCGAUCGUAGUAAUAUGCGUGAUGAGGAGCUUCAGAUUAUCGAACAGCUGCAGCAUGGUUCAAAGUAUCCAGAAAAACCUGAUGAGGAUUGUCUGGAACUGGAACCAAAUUCUAGUACGCGUCUGAGCCAGAGAUACAUUCCCCACUCGCAACUAUCAGCAGCUCUUUCUUCGAGCUACGUCAUAUAUCCUUCAGCAGUCUACUCAGUUGCCAAGAUCAGUCCAGGUGGAACAAGCUACCAUGUACCAGUACAAGAUGAUUGGGUGACUAUUGGUGUAGUUGGAACAGGAAGCGGUAUCAAGCAGACCAAAGGUAAGCAAGAAACCAACGUAGAGGAUCAAGUGCGUCAGAAAAACAAAUUUCAGAAGGAUCACAGUGUCAAGAAUUUCUGCUCGUUUAGUAUAAUUGAUAUGAACCACUCACAGAGCGGAAAUGCUCAUUUGAAACUACUCCUUUUCGCUGCAGAGAAGAGCGAACGUGAUUCUGAUGGUGAGAUGCUUUACAGUGGUGGCAGUGGAGGUGCAUUUGAAAAGUUUUGGAAAAUGAAGCAGGGCUCAGUCAUUGCCCUACUCAACCCCGACAUACUGAAACCACAUCAAGGUCGAGGCAAUAUACUCGGUGUGACUGUUGUUAAUGCUGAUUCUAUUUGUGUGAUUGGGCACAGUAAGGAUUAUGGUCAUUGUGAAGCUCUCAAACAGGGAGGAGAGAGGUGUCCGAAAUGGAUAGACAAGAGAAGAGGAAAGGUGUGUGAAUUUCACAUGCAGACGGGGAUAGAAAGGACGAGAAACAAUAGACCAGAAUUUUCAUCAAGUACUGGUGGUAUGGGUGCUUCUGCAAAGAAAGACAGAUUUCGCUCGAACAAAGCUACGCGAGGUUUCGAAGAAUCAGAUAGAAAAUUUGCUGGAUUCAAAGAUCCCUAUGAUACCAACUACACACCAACAUAUACCUUUAGUGGCAUUACGACAAACAACUCGGAGCAGAACUCCUCGGGUGUUUAUGGGCGCGAGAAAGAAGAGCGACUGAAACGAAAGAGACAAAGAGAGGUGAAUGAGGGUAUUAUCAAAGACCUAUCAAAACCAAAGCGAUCAAGAGCCACAAGCAAGUCAAGCCAAGCUGAGCCAGCUGAUACGCGUAGAGUGGUGUUCAACUCUCAGCAUAUUCGCAAGAUAGGAUUCAAUCCAGCUGGAAAUGCUCAUCGUGAUCAAAGAGAUACAAAUAACGAUUCAAAGCAGAAAGAUAAUCUUAUACAGUCGCUCAGUCUCAAGAAAGCGCCGUCAAGUCAAGUCUCAAAAGGACCAGCGCCUGAAGAAAAGAAAGAGGAAGAAGUGAAGAUGGUUGUGUUAGACAGUGACAGUGAAUAG